UGACUGUUUGGCCUGUAUAGAUUGCUCUUAGAUUUUCUGGUUUGGGGGUGGGUGCUGCAAAAACAUUGACUUGUUAGGGAUUGAGAGGUUUUUUGAUUGUAGGAAAGAAACAUGCCGCUUAGUAGUGCGUUGUUAUACACCCUUGUGUGUGAAGACCCAUGAUUUUAUUCUUUCCACAUCUUCCAGUGAACAUUUGAACACGUACAGGUGAACGUGCCCACAGGCUGUGUCUUUUAGGCUGAGGUUUCCAACUGAAGUAAGCUAGGCAAGUGGUAUUCUUGAGGAAGGUACAUAUAUUUUGAUGGCAAAAAACCACUGGUUAGUUUGGAGGCUGCUUAAAUGCUGCAUGUACCAUCAUAUGGAAGCUUGCUAAAUGUGUGAACAUCAUUAUAUGGCUAAUUUGUCUACUAAGUGCCUGUCCUGAGGAGUGGUGCUGGAGUGGUACCUGUUUAACUGAAGUAUUACCUACUACUCCAGCAGCAGGCUAGGUAACAGCAAAGCAUGUGCUGGUCUUCAUCUGUGCUCUCUCUCUUCCCCCCUUCCAGUAGGGGUAGAACUGGAGCUAGCUAUCAGACAAUAAUAGAUAGUUUUGCAUGGCUGAGCUGACAGCAUCAGCACUGUCAUAGUCCACAGAUGCAGGAGAAGUUGGUGUGUAGGAAGAGAUAACACAAACCUGGCUAUGGUAUGUUUAGGAGAAGAAAGGUGGGAAAAGAAAUAUCAAGUUUUUUGGUCUUGUGAGUCCAGAAUCUUACCUGUUCUGUUCUUCCAAGUAAGUCAGCUGAUCUCAUGCAGUGGCUUUCAAUUUUUGAACUGCAGCCCCCUCACGCUUUGCACUAGAGGCAUAGAGCUGGUUAGAAAUGUUGUGCAGCUGAAUGAUGUAUACAGGUUUGCUAUUCUUAGUCACCUUUGCAGCACCUGUGGAACAGUCCAUGGACUGCCGCCUUACCACCACUGGUGUUAGAGAAGGCAUUUUCUCUCCCAGCGAGCCCUGCCAGUGUCACAUUUGUGUUGUGGGUUUCCUGUUCUCCAUGCAAAAAGGCAUGGUUGUUUCUUGACUUCUGGAUCUGCAGAGAGCUGGGUUUGCAAAUGUUCAUUUGUGUUGCUUUUUGGAGUUGUUGUAUUAGGGAAGAUUGUGAAGCUGAAAAUCAGGAAAGUGGGUUCAGCUGCUCAGAAAUUAUCUCUUCCCGAACAUAAAUUUAAUUGCAAUUUAGAGAACAAAGUAAUUGCUUACCAGAAUCUGACACCAGAAGCAUGGAAGCAACCAAGACUGUUGGAUGCAGUGAGCUGGAGAGGUUUUCUUCUUGUUAACUAAUUUUGCCUGUGAUGCAUGCGGAGAUAGAGAUGUUUCCAACAUCAUGCAGUACUGUGAAUAUUCAAUCCCACUUCAGCUAAGCCUGGCAGUUCAGACAUGCUUGUGCCCACUCUUCAUUUCCUGGAUGUUUCAUUCAUAGGCUGUUCUUUGGAGUUUAUUGCACUCGAUUAGGGAUCGGUUCUCAGAAUCAAGGAGUUAGAAGUGAGAUUUGAGAUAAGUGAGGCCCAUUCGGUGCUGCUUUGGACGCCUCCGAAGGGGAAAUGGAGUUAUCAGGAUUGAAAAAGAAGAGUUUGCUAGGACUCAAAGAAAAUAAUAAAAAAUCCAACACUAGGGCUCCCUCACCAACCAAGCGCAAGGACAGGUCUGAAGAGAAAUCAAAGGACAGGUCCAAGGAUAAAGCAGCCACUAAGGAAUCAGGUGAAAAGGAUCGUGGUCGAGACAAGACACGCAAAAGACGCAGUGCUUCCAGUGGGAGCAGCAGUACCAGGUCCCGUUCCAGCUCAACUUCGAGUUCAGGGUCCAGUUCCAGCACCGGUUCUAGCAGUGGCUCUAGCUCCUCUUCUGCCUCAAGCCGCUCUGGGAGUUCCAGCACCUCACGCAGUUCCAGCUCCAGCAGCUCCUCUGGAUCUCCAAGUCCAUCUCGACGGAGACAUGACAACAGGAGACGCUCUCGCUCCAAGUCCAAGCCACCCAAGAGAGAUGAAAAGGAGCGGAAGAGGCGGAGCCCGUCACCCAGACCCACAAAAGUGCAUGUUGGAAGGCUCACUAGAAACGUGACCAAGGAUCACAUCAUGGAAAUUUUUUCCACUUAUGGAAAGAUAAAAAUGAUUGACAUGCCAGUUGACAGGCUAAAUCCACACCUCUCUAAAGGUUAUGCUUAUGUGGAGUUUGAGAACCCAGACGAUGCUGAGAAAGCCCUGAAACACAUGGAUGGAGGCCAGAUUGAUGGUCAGGAGAUCACUGCCACAGCUGUGCUGGCACCACGACCUAGGCCGCCUCCCAGACGCUUUAGCCCACCCAGGAGGAUGCUGCCACCACCACCGAUGUGGCGCAGGUCACCCCCUCGCAUGAGGAGAAGGUCCCGGUCUCCUAGGCGCAGAUCUCCUGUUCGCCGGCGAUCAAGAUCCAGAUCUCCUGGACGAAGGCGCCAUCGCAGCCGCUCCAGCUCAAACUCCUCACGAUAAAGCAAAAAGACUGGACAGCUUUUUAUUUUUUAACUUAAAUCCCGUCAGACUAAAUAUUGUACCUUUUUUUUUAUAAUGGGUCUGGGUGAGGAGGAGUGAGAGAGAGAGAAUCCUGGCAGUGAAGGUAACCUAAGAGGAGAGAGCAACAGUUCCCAGCCAGUAGAUAGCCUUUGCUGUGGGGCUUCUAGUUUGCUGGCAUUGAAUUGAAAUUAUUUAAAAAUGGCUUUGAUUUUAAAGGCUGCGAAAACACCUUUUCCAGAUAAAUGGAAGGAAAGAUGUUGCAGCUGCUCCUUCUCCAGUUAGCAGGCUGCUGCUUGGUGAUUUCUAAAUGCUUAGCACGCUGUACAGACGAGCAUGUAAAUCUUGAGCUAUUUCAGAAACCCUGUAUAGUAAGACAGGGAGGCAUUUAUCUUGAUCUCUAGGUGCCAGCACAGGACUUUUCAGAGCAACUGGAGUCCAGAUCUGCCUGAGACUUAAAUACCGAGUUGUCGCUUUAUUCCAAUUCCCGAACAGAUUAUUAGUUUCUGCAGAGUAAGCUCUUUCUGCAGGUAAAGCCCUUCUGUAACACGUAUACCAGGUGAUCACCAGAGAAACAACGGUCCAGCCCACUGAACAUGAUACUGUAGAAAAGAAGCUGGAAAUCUUAAGAACUGGUUUGUAGCUGCCCCUGUAAGUCAUUUCUUUCACCUUUUCUUAAAGGGUUUUGGUAAAAACUUCCUACACGACCCCCCAGUGAAACAAUGCAAAAGCUUCUGCUUCUGCAAAUCUCAAAAUUAGUGACUGAGCAUCAGCCCCUGGAAAAACUGCAAGGCAGGGAGGGAGGCUCGGGGCCGCCGUGCUGGCUGGAUUCACCGGGGUUCACAUAGGGAAAGGCAGAGAUUUUACCACCUGUUGUACAGUCAAUACUAUAAAGAUUUUUUUCGUUUUGUUUUGUAUCACUUUGUAGCCUUUUGGGCCAUGUUGUGUUUGUACUUGUGUAGGACCAGCGACUAUUGAAUAAAAGCAGUAGGGUUGAGAACAGCCGGCCUGCCUCGCUCCCUUCUCCAGCCCC